UAAAUUCGUACAUUGUACGUCAUUUAAUAAAGAAUAACAUAAAACAAGAUGCCUUCCGCGCGUCCUCGCUGCUCUCUCUCUCUCUUUGCCGCUGCCGUAGGAGCGAUAAAGUGAUUAUCUCAUACCGACAAAGUUACAUAUCCUGGUCAGAAAAUGACACAUUCAAGCCGCUUUACACAGAACUCAAUACUAUAUCUUUGCAAACACACUGAGCUGGUUUUCACCGGCCGAGGACGGACGCAGCUCCUCGGAGGAGGAGGAGCCAACGGCGUGUUUCCGCUCCGAGCAGGCCGACAGAGGUAACACGGCGAUCGGUGCAGCCCUGCUGAGAAUUACUGAACAGUGGCGGAACAGUCGUCUCAUACCGAGGGACGGUGUCAGAGUACACAUCAUUUAAUCACCGGGGAUCCGUGGGUUUCCCUAUCAGUGCAACAAGAAGACGAAGAAAGGGUGGCAGCUGGACUGUCAGCAAUGGAAGCCGAGUUUCGGGAAAUCGAUGAAAACGGGCGCUGGAACGCCAUUUACCAGGAGAUCCGCCAGCAGUCCUGUGAACUCCCUUGCAAAGUUGCCAAAUCACCAGAAAACAAGACUCGGAAUCGUUACAGAGACGUUAGCCCAUUUGACCACAGCAGAAUCCACCUGCAGCUGGGUACGAAUGACUACAUCAACGCCAGCCUAAUCACAGUAGAGGAGGCAAAGAGGAACUACAUCCUUACUCAGGGACCCCUUCCAAAUACAUGUGGCCACUUCUGGGAAAUGGUGUGGGAGCAGAGGAACCGCGGUGUCGUGAUGCUAUCUGUUAAAUGUGCCCAGUACUGGCCGCCCAGAGAGGAGAAAGAUGCCAUCUUUGAGGAUAGCAAUUUCAAGCUUACCCUCAUAUCAGAAGACAUCAAGUCUUACUACACAGUUCGUCAGCUCGAGUUGGAAAAUCUGUCUACCCAAGAGACUCGUGAGAUUUUACACUUUCACUACACCACCUGGCCUGACUUUGGCGUACCAGAGUCCCCUGCCUCCUUCCUUAACUUCCUGUUCAAGGUGCGAGAGUCGGGUUGUCUGAAUUUGGACCAGGGACCAGUGGUGGUGCACUGCAGUGCUGGCAUCGGCCGCUCUGGGACCUUCUGCCUUGUCGACACCUGCCUCUUACUGAUGUCCAUCCGUAAGGACCCGUCUUCAGUGCGUAUUCGUGAUGUGCUGCUGGAGAUGCGGCGCUAUCGAAUGGGUUUGAUUCAGACAGCAGAUCAGCUUCGCUUCUCCUACCUUGCUGUCAUUGAAGGUGCCAAGUACAUCAAGGGAGACACAUCUGUGCAGGAGUCAUGGAAAGAGCUCUCAAAUGAGGAAGAUGAUCCUCCAGAGUUCACCCCUCCUCCUCCUCUUCCUCCUCCCAGAGACCCUCACAACGGCAAAGUUGAGCCAUCGUUCUUCCCUGAAAAUGAUGAGAUCAUCUGUAACAUGCAGAGCCGCAGUCUGGGGUCCUCACAAGAGAGAGCAUUGCGACAGAGGAACAUCGCUGCCCCCCAGCCUCCUCCUGAUGGUGCUGACCAGCUGGACGGCCACAUGGGAGAGCUAACGUCCAAACCCCAGCAGCAGCAGCAGCAGGAGCAGCACGAGGCCCAGGGGCAGGAGGCGUCUGAGGCAGUGGAGCAACCAAAAGAAAGCUCUCCUGUGCCGGGGACUUGGUCCCCUCUUCUAACCAAAGUGUGCCUGUGCACUGCGCUGGCUCUCAGUGCUUACGCCUGUUAUCGAGCCUGUUUCCACUGAUGUCUGACCUGUCUUCGUCUGCCUGUUUGUUGCCCCCCAUCUUUCCACUGAUAUUGCAAAGUGGACUAUGCUGGCAAAUCGGCCUGCUUUGACUCUGGGUUUACUCUGCGAGCGAGUGGAUUAUUUGGACUUCAGAUUCAAGUUCUUUCGUUUAAUAUUACAAAUGCAGUGCGAGGGGUUGGCCGGCUGCCACUCCUUGAUACCCUUCCAAACCUUCGUUCACUCUGUCAUCUCGAAUGCUCAGGGCCUCAGUUUUUCAGGUGUCACAUCCCAAAUACGCAUGCUGACUUCAACAAUGACUCAACACAGUGUAUUAUGUAUCAGUGUCAGUAGAGGAAAGGGGUUUGUUUUAGCUUGUCUGUUCUGUGAACCAGGAUGAAUGACUUGUCAGCCAAUUAUACGCGUCUCCUCUCUCUCUAAUUUUUUUUUUUUUUUUACCAAAUGACACUUGUAUGUGUUCUUCCAUUUCAUUCUGUACUUCACAUUUCUCUUGAUUACACCAAUGGAUCAGAAAUCGAAGAGCCAGAUUUUUGACCAGCCUGUCCAAAAACAUGCCAGUAAAGAAGAAACUUUUUUAUAUUUGAAUUUUUAUUCUUUUGUCAAUAUUCCAACAAUAAAGUUAAGUGUGUGAAAGUAAGAGGGAAGCAACCCUGUGCCCACCAGAUAGGAGAUGUGUACCGGGGUGGGUUGUUAUCUGUCCUCACUCGCGGCCUGUGUUUGGCUGCAUGAGUGCAUACAGUAUGUGUGUAUAUACAUUUUGCGUGAGUUGUGCUUAUUGGAGCUUUUUACUGAUGCUUGAGUUAAAUCUACUCAGUGAGAAAUAGUAAUAUAACAUUUCCAGUACAUCAGAUGUGAGAUAUGUAGAGUGGGUUGCCUCGUGAUGACUGAUUCCCCCGGCGUUUUCUGUCCCUGGUAGCUCAGCAGUGGCACUGAGAAAAACAAUAUGGUGCUCAGACAUCUUGUUCUCAACAUCCUUGGCAUUCUCAAAUUGACAUUGGAAACAUUUUGGGACUUUUUUAAGGUUCUACACACAGGACUUUAUUUACCUUUUGGGAGAAAAAAGUUUCAGUCACAUGGAUAAAAAUGUGUUGAGGCCUUUCAUGGCUCAAGAGAAUGUGUAACAUAACGUGAAUGCAGCUGGUACAUGUUGUAAAGUCUGUGUGUCAGUCAGCGGUGUUAUGCACAACAAUCCCACCUUAAAGAAAUGAGACAUAACACCCAACCUUUUCCGCCAGCAAUAUAAAUACUUCAUCAAACUCCGAGUUUGAACAGGGAAGCAGGGAUUUUGAACAAACCAAAAAUCAAACACCAGCACAGGGAUGAAAACCUUACACUGUAGUGAUGAUCCAUUGUGUCAUAGUGUGGCCAUGAGCCAGCAAUAUUUUUUUAUAGUUAAGCUGCUAGCGUUCAGUUUACCUUUGACUCAACAAAGUUCAGCACUUGAGUCUGACAGCUGUACCUUUCUUUAGAAUGUAUAAAUGUCCUAUCCAAGGACACAUCCUUAUUUUUUAGAUAUAUAUUUUUUUCAAAUCAUGUUUCAGUAUGCUGUUGUUUUUGUUUUUUGUUUUUUCCAGCUUUAGCAAGGGAUUCAGUCUCAGCACCUGUGCUGCCAUUGCACCAGGUUUCCCUGUUUUUCAAAAACAUGUAUUUUUAAACAUUUUUACCUUUUGUUGUUUUCCCUUUUAAAUAAAAGCAGGUCUACUGUUGAUUUGUUCUGAUUGUCAGAACAGAUUUACGUCUGUAACCUCAUCAUCUGUCUUACUUUUGAACGAUGACAAUAGUAAUAAAAGGGCACACGUUAUCUCAUUGUCAGGUCAGUAUGAACAGAAAAGGCUGAUGUGUCUUAUUGAAUCAGACUUACUGUGUUUUGACUCGAACAGUACAAAGUAAAUCCACUGUGUGACAGAAGAACCAGACAGUUUGGACCCAACAAUGUGGUGACAGGUUGACAAGAGCAUUUUACAUCCCAACACACUACUAUUACAGAUGCAACAUAAAUAAAUCAAUUUGAAAAGGAAAGAGAGAUUUUACAUGUACAUACUCCUGCAUACACCUUUAGACAGAUAAAAGGGGCUGAGGCGAAAACACUGGCUCAAGUGCUUUAUGCACCUGCUGUCAAUAAACUAGCUUAUUAAGACCUUAAUGAAGGAGCUGGUGAACUGUCGAGUCAAAGAGCACACAGUGUACAGGUAGGUCACAGUGCAUGUGGGCACGAGUUAAACCUGUAUUAAAAGAUUUCUCCUGGGUUCAUUUGUUUAAGUGAUUAAAAGUUCCACUAGUGGUAAAACAGUAGCUCCCCGUGAAUGGAAGUUUCUCUGAUUCUUACAAAAGCCAUUGCUAAAGGGUUUUAUGAAUUAACUCAGCGGUUACAUGUGUUAGGAAGUUGUUUAUAAAUUGGUUCUAGUCCAGUGUCUGCACUCUUUUUGUAGAAACAAAGUGGUCAAGCGGUUUAACCACUCAAAAAUUAUUUCUGAUGGUUUAAAACUGAUCUGUAAAAUGUGUAAAACAUAAAAAUGUUUUAAUAAGAAUGAAUAAAAUCGCAUUAUA